GGGCGCCGGGCGCGGGUCCCGCGCCCCCGACCGGCAUUGCUCAGCCAGCCCCUUUCCCCUCCGCAGGUCCCAGCUGGCGCCGUCAGGAGGAGCGUCCUUGGGGCUCCCUCGCGCGCAGGGUUGGCCUGGACGCCAAGCAGACGUGACAGUCCCGCAGCGGAAGCAUCUGCCGUGAGAGAAGACUCCUUCCUUCAGUGGUUCCUGCUUCUCAUCCCUGUGACUGCCUUUGGCUUGGGGACAUGGCAGGUCCAGCGUCGGAAGUGGAAGCUGAAGCUGAUCGCAGAGCUGGAGUCCAGAGUCAUGGCCGAGCCUGUCCCUCUGCCGGCAGACCCAAUGGAACUGAAAAAUCUGGAGUACAGGCCGGUGAAGGUCAGGGGGCACUUUGACCACUCCAAGGAGCUGUACAUGAUGCCACGGACCAUGGUGGACCCGGCCCGGGAGGCCCGGGAGGCCGGCCAGCCCUCAGUCCAGAGCGGUGCCCACGUCAUCACCCCCUUCCACUGCACUGACCUGGGAAUCACCAUCCUGGUAAAUAGAGGGUUCGUCCCGAGGAAGAAAGUGAACCCUGACACGAGGCAGAAAGGCCAGGUGGAGGGAGAAGUGGACCUGGUCGGGAUGGUGAGGUUGACGGAGACCAGGAAGCCCUUUGUUCCUGAGAACAACCCAGAACAGAACCACUGGCAUUACCGGGACCUGGAGGCCAUGGCCAAGCUCACAGGCGCCGAGCCCAUCUUAAUUGAUGCCGACUUCAAGAGCACAGUCCCUGGAGGACCCAUUGGAGGGCAAACCAGGGUGACCCUGAGGAACGAGCACAUGCAGUACAUCAUCACCUGGUAUGGACUGUGUGCGGCCACAUCGUACCUGUGGUUUAAGAAAUUCCUACGGCGGACCCCUGGCACGUGACAAGAUUAGCUGCAACCACUGGGUACGCGUAUACACGCAUCGCCACGCGUGCUGUGCCUUUCCACCUGAGUGAACUCAUUAACUAGUUGAUCGGAAAAUCUCGGGGUUCAGAGUCAGCCCACAUGUGACUGAGCAGUUUGAGGUAACACAGCAACAUACACGCUAGGUCUGAGCCCCCGCCCUGUGGAGAGUAAGGGCCCUGGUUUGAAAAUGUUCUCGCCACCACCCCAAACUUACAAUAAAUAAAACAAGUCACCAACCCCAAA